CUUAUCAUAUGUAGCAAGGACUUUGGAAAAUAUCUCAUGCACCCAUAUAAGUACCUCCAUGAGCCAGUCCUACCUGAAUCCACCAAACAGCCAAAAUUUUACUGAGAAGGGAAGAGAGAGGCAAAAACUUGUCCCUUUGAAGCAAAAACACUCUCUCUCUUCCUGUUGGAUCCAAAAUGGAAAUUUUUCAGUCUCAUAGAGUGGAAAUGAUAAGCAUUGCUGUGGCUCUUGUUGCCAUUGGUGCAGGCACUGCUUUUUAUUUCUACAUCACCAAGAAGCCUAAAGGUUGCUUGGACCCUGAAAAUUUCAAGGAAUAUAAACUUGUAAAGAGAACCGAACUGAGUCAUAAUGUGGCCAAGUUUAAAUUUGCUCUUCCCACACCGAAUUCAGUUUUGGGACUGCCAAUUGGACAACAUAUGAGUUGCAGGGGACAGGAUAGUGUCGGUGAAGAAGUUGUCAAGCCGUAUACCCCAACAACGUUGGAUUCUGAUAUUGGAUACUUUGAACUAGUUAUAAAGAUGUAUCCACAAGGUAGGAUGUCCCACCACUUCAGUGAAAUGCGCGAAGGUGAUUACUUGGCCGUGAAGGGGCCUAAGGGGCGUUUCAAGUAUCAACCUAACCAAGUGAGAGCAUUUGGAAUGAUUGCUGGGGGCACUGGAAUUACUCCCAUGUUCCAGGUAACUAGAGCCAUAUUAGAAAACCCAGAUGACAAAACGAAAAUACAUCUUAUUUAUGCCAAUGUCACAUAUGAGGACAUUCUUUUGAAGGAAGAGAUUGAUAAUCUGGCAAUCAUUUUUUCUAACCAAUUUAACGUCUACUAUGUUCUGAAUCAGCCUCCAGAAGGAUGGGAGGGUGGCAUGGGGUUCAUAUCCAAGGAAAUGAUUCAAUCCCACUGCCCGCCACCUGCACUUGAUGUUCAGAUUUUGAGGUGUGGACCUCCACCAAUGAACAAGGCCAUGGCAGCCCACCUUAAUGAUCUUGGAUAUACUGCUCAAAUGCAGUUCCAGUUUUGAGCCCGUCAUGAAGAUUCUUUCCCCCUUUCCCCUUUGGCUAAUCAAUCUCCAAGAAGAGGAUGCAUUAAUUAAUUUAGCUCUGUUACAUUUCAUGGGAAACUGGUUAGCUGACAUUCUUCACAUAAGUUGAAGAGAUCUAUAUUGAUCAUUUUCUGCUUAAAAUUUCAUCUGAAUUUCGCAUCGAAUGUACUCUAAAUUUACAGUAGUUUUCCUUUUUACAAUUGAAAUCACUCGUUAAUA